UGUUUUCUCAUUGAUUAGAUCCAUUCAUCACAAAUCCUGCAUUUGUAGGUACCUAUUGCUGCCUCUGUUACACUCUUCGAAGCUAUAUACUUGUACAAAGGAAAGAGGGUGAUUGCAUCAAAGGGAAAAGAAAGUACAAAUUGGAAGAUACAUCAGGUUUUGUUUUACUGUUCCUGUGGGAUAGUAGCUGGUAUGGUGGGUGGAUUACUUGGGCUAGGAGGAGGUUUUAUCUUGGGACCACUUUUUCUUGAAUUGGGAAUUCCCCCUCAGGUAGCAAGUGCCACAUCAACAUUUGCAAUGGCAUUUUCAUCCUCAAUGUCAGUUGUGCAAUAUUAUCUUCUCAACCGUUUCCCUGUCCCGUAUGCUGCUUAUUUUGUUUUGGUUGCGACAAUAGCUGCCUUCACUGGUCAGCAUGUAGUGAGAAAGUUAAUUGCAUUCCUUGGCAGGACGUCAAUAAUCAUUUUUAUACUAGCUUUGACAAUCUUUGUGAGUGCCAUCAGUUUAGGUGGAGUGGGCAUCGAAAACAUGGUUGAGAAGUUGGAGAAUAGAGAAUACAUGGGAUUCGAAAAUCUGUGUCACCAAUCCUGAAUUCUAUUGGUAUAGUAGUGUGAGCAGACUACGCUCAACUGCAUUCAGUUUCAUUGUCACCUA